UUUCUCACACCUUACUCAUCUACUCGUAAUCAAGGAAAGAGUUGUCAGCACGAUGUUCUUUUUACUUCAUGCUGAUCAUGUACCCGUACUCAAUCGUGCUGAGUAGAAUUAGGUUAGUUCUGUCGGUCAUGCGGUAAAAGAGAAAAAAGAAAAUACGAGAUCCUUCCUUCCUUGGCAUCAUCGGCCCACCACCGAUCCACUGCACCUUCCCGAUUAUUUUUGCCUUCUGUUGGAGGUGUAAGAUUAUCAUAUAAAAGAAGUACUACUUCCUCGAGUAUCUCUCAAUCCAACAUCUUCAUCAACAUCUUCAAAUCCUCCCACAUUCAAGAUAACAACAAUCGGCUCCUACAAUAGCAAAUUGCUUAUUGUUAGUUUUGGCGUUAACGAUCCAUACAUUCUCAAAUAUCCAUCAUAAAUAAUAUUUCAAAGCAAUCCAUCAAUCCAUCCGUACGUUCCAACAUAAAAAAACUCAGGAUGCGUACCUCACUCAUCGCCACAAGUCUUCUCGCAGCUGCAGCUACUCAAGUUGCGGCACAAUACACAAAUCAAUCUGCUCCAUUCAACCUUGUGCUUCUCUCCGCAAAUGACACCUUGAACGGCACCACUCUCUUCCCUUGUCAUGAAGGUGCUGCUAUUGAAGGAUUAUGCCUUGGUCCUUCGAUCACCAAUACAAACACCACCUUUUACACCUACAACUUCAACACUUCCUCCUACGACACCAGCUUCAAUGCUACUAUCGGCGAAACCGGUGUUUUAACAUGGCUUCUUCAAGGUGCAAAUUUCAAUCUUUCCUCGCCAUUCGGACUUACAUAUAGCCCCACAAGCAAUAUUGCCAUGCCAUUGUUUACUCCUAGCGCGAGCACAACCAAUGUAGCGUUUGACGAGGACGAUUUGUUGAAUAUUCAAGGUUAUCAGAAUGACACAACGGUACCAAUUACCUUUGGCACUCAAGCUUAUUACAGGUGGUACAUCUGUGAGACGUACUGGGGCUACCACUACACGACUUUGGCUUGGGUUGUUGGUGAGGCUGAACCACAAAAUCCAACUUGCGUCAAGGUUGAUGUGAAGAGGGUCUUUGUAGAUGACAAGGUUGAGAGUUACCAGUAAUUGGAUGAUAAGUUUAUAACGAGUUUUCGGUAUGGCUGUGUGCGCGUGUUUGUUUGCGUUGGUCUGUUAUUUGGAAGAUGAAGGAAUGAGCACAUGAGAAAAUGAGAAACUAAAUUGUUAAUGAAGCUUUAAUGACUAAUGAGAGCAUGGACGAUACAUCGAGUGUUAUAGAAACAGAAAAGAAAACAGAAUUAUGACUUUAUACUUGAAGAGUUUUCGUCAGUGUUAUGAU